AUGGGAGAAUCUAAAAGGAUAUAUGAGCACAACGCCAAUGUUAUGGUUGAGCAGCAUAACUCUGUCCGGUCAAGGGUUCGUGAACAGCAACUAAACGUGUACGAUCUGGGCUGUGUCUGUCACAUAGCAAAUACAUGUGUUCAACAUGCUCUGAGGAAGCUGACAACUGGGGUUGAAGACCUACUCAUCGACAACUUUUACUACUUCCUUCACAGGUAUAAAAAAGGAUUUCAAGACAAAGGAAGAAAGGAAGAGUGCCAGGGGUUUGUUGAUUUUGUAGAGCUGGAAGAUCCUGGAAAGCUCCUGAAACACUGUCCAACUAGAUGGUUAUCCCUUCACAAGUGUGUAAAACGAUCACUGGUGCACUGGCCAGCACUGAAAUCUUACUUUGACAGCCAGCCAGAAGUUGAGAAAAAAGGGUCUCGUGUACAACGAUGUGCCUCCAAACUUCAUGAUGAAGUCCUCUACAUGACCUACCUCUUCCUAGAUUACAUCCUAGAACCAAUUAUUGGCUUCAACAUGACCUUCCAGGCAAAUGAUGCAAUGGCGGGCUAUCUGCAUCCAGAGAUGAAGCGUUUCUUCAAAACCAUGCUCAGCAGGUUUGUCAAGAUAAGGGUCAUUACCAGUGCUACCAAUGUUACUAAGGUGGACUUCAAGAAUCCUGACAACCUGGCUGUUGGUAUGAGUGUUAGAGAGUACCUUAGCUCCAACGCUGACAUUGACUCCAAAGCUGUUGAAACCUUCUUUAAUACUGUGUCAGGAUUUGAUGGUGGCCAGCACGAGGCGUUACCAACGGUUAGAGAGGUAGUGUGCACCACCUGACCAUGGCUAAUCUUUACCUUGGAAACUAGCACUUAAUUGUUUCCCUAUCUAUUUUCGUGUGUGUAUUUUUUUGUAGUUUUUCUGUAUACUUUUCACUGUAUAUACAUUAUAUACUUAAGCAUGGUGACGUACUACUUACACCUAGAUCCAACACACACCACAAACAUUCUGUCUACAAAUAUAACUAAAUUUACACUGCUUUUCGUAAAGCUUUAUCACAUGUACGCAGGUAUGUAUAUGAUAUACAGAAUAUCGCAAGUAUUUCAAUACUUUAGUCCAAAUAAUUUGACGUGAAAAAGUUGUCAUUUGACAUUCAACUUUCAGUAUUCUGACAUUUUACAUUUUUACUAUCAAAGCCUUUUUCAAGGGACUAUAACUACACACUGAAGGAAAUGAGAGAAGGGGGUUUGGUCUGCAGGGGAUUAUGUCUUUUUGCCCUACGUAAAGUGCGCAUGCGUGAAAAUUGUUUCCUGUUGCUAAGCAAAUAGCUCUGUGUAAGAAGGUCUAUUGUGCCAACAGAGAAUAUGUUUAAGAGUGCUAAGAGAGCAUGUGUUACAUACGAUAAACAGUGCAGGUGAGAUGAGGCUGUAGUGUAAUGGAUGUGAAAUGGACAGAUUGUGAAAGGGUUUCAGUGAUAUUAUUGAUAUGUAUCAUUAAAUGAUGUUAUUUAUGGUUGUCAUAUAUGUAGGUAUGUUGUGAUUAGAAAGUUAUUGCUAUAAUAUAGUAUACUAUAGAGGAUAUUUGUUUGUUUUGAGUGAAUAUGGAAUAUAUUUCACUGAAAAGUGAGAAAAUUUCAAAUAUUUUCACAAGCGCGUAGCGCGAGUGAAAAUGUGAACAUUUUCUCACUUCGAGGUGAGAUAUAUUCCAUAUUCACGAAAAACAAACAAAUUUUCUUUUUAUUUUAUGCUCAGUCAUGUUGAGAUGUGCAUUUUGCAACAAUUUUUAAUCUUGGCGUGGGAAACAGACGCGCGUAAAUAGACAUGACGUCAGACGUGUUGUGACUAGGGCUGUCAUCGAUAGAAACGAUAUCGAUGUAUCAACGAUAUUUUUUGGUCGAUCGAUUAUCGAUUCCCAUUUUCAAAAAUCGAUAUUUUACAGAGAGAAAAAACAACUGUCUAGAUAAACACUCAGCCCCUUUAAAACAACUUUUUCUGCCUGCAAAAAUGUGCCGUAAGUAACGGAAGUUGUCAAAAAAGGUCAUGUCUAAACUUAUACCGUAGCAGUCUUUUCCCACUAGCCGGCACUACCUAUAUGGGUAGAAGUAAA